UGGCUGUCAAGUGUCAUUCAUACGCUGUUCUCGCUAUCGUCCUUAGAAAACCUUUGUGUUAAAAAAGUUAACGUCUUAAACUCAAACUAACUUACCUUUAGUCAAUAUUAUGGUUUUGGUUUUGUAAGCAAAUGGUAUUUUUUUCUUCGACGGGUGAUGUUUGAGCCCAUGGGAAACCUGUUGAUUGAUCCAGGAAAGGAGGAGAAAUGGAGAUAGUGAAUAUCCCACACUGAUACAUUACUGAAAGAAGAUAUCAAGUGUCUGGGGUCAACAUUAAUGGCUGACAUCAUGGAUACCCAGCGUGCCCUGGCGGCGGUGGAACGUCUCCAGGCACAGCUGAAGGAGAGAGGGGAGGCGCCCACAGAGGAGAAGCUCAACCUGCUCAAGAGCGUCCUGCAGAGCCCCCUUUUCAGACAGAUCCUACUCAUGCAGGAGGCCAGCCAGCAGGGACCAUACGCACACGGCCUCAGACAGCAGGGCAGCAAGUUGCCCCGAUCUCAGUCCAUGAAGGACCCAGUCACCCAACAUGCUGAGACGUGUACCCUAUCGAAGCUCUCCAGGAACCACACUGGCUCCCUGGACCCUCUCCCCUCCGCUAGCGCCAGCAGAGACCAGGACGAGUUUGACUAUGCCAUCCGCUCUUUGGCUCAGGGUCGAUAUGUGGGCAGUAUAGAGCUGAUUAAAGGCCAGACUGGUUUGGGCUUCAGUGUGCUGGCUCUUAAAACAGAGAAGAACACAGGACUGGGCAUUUUUGUGGAGGAGAUCAAACCAGGCAGUGUAGCAUACAGGGAUGGUCGUCUAAAGCCGGCAGAUCAGAUCUUGGCAGUGGACAGGCAUCUCUUUGACUCCGCCGUGUCCCAGGAGCAGGCAGUGAGAGCCAUGCAGAAUACUACUGACAAGGUCACGCUGACCAUUGCCAGAGGACCCAUCCCUCAGCUGUCCACCCCGCAGAUGACCAGGACAGUCUCCCUACCCAAGGACCUCUCAGAACUCCACAAUUUUAGGAAUAUCCAGGCGAUUGAGCUGGAGAAUGAUGGCACGGGCGUGGGCUUUGGGAUUGUGGAGAGCCAGAGCUCAGGCAUCAUGGUCAAGACCAUCCUCCCCGGGGGAGUGGCUGACCGGGAUAAGCGCUUGCGCAGUGGUGAUCUGAUCCUGCGGAUUGGUGACACUGACCUGGCAGGGAUGGGCAGUGAGCAGGUGGCACAGGUGCUCAAGCAGGCCAGCACCAGGGUCAGACUGCUCAUCGCCAGAGACACCACGGACAACGACCUGUCUCACCCUGUUACCCAGCAACAAGAGACAAGAGCAGCCCAGGUGCAUAAACUCUCUGAACCUGAGAAGGAUAAGACCUAUGAUGUGAGAUUUACUAAGAAUGCACGCGGUCUGGGACUCACUGUUGGCAGAACCUCAGUCCCCCCUGGCUCAGAUUCCAGUGGCAUUGUGGUCAAGAGUAUAGAGAAGGGCAGUGCAGUGGACCAGAAUGGACAAUUGCACAUUGGAGAUCACAUCUUAUCUGUGGACGGCCAGAGGUUGCAGGGCUGCACCGAGCAGCAGGCCUCGCAUCUGCUCCGACAGACGGGCCAGACGGUCUGCCUGACGUUGCUGAGGCGGGCCUCCACGGUCCAGCCAGCGCCGCCCCUCCCGGUCAUCCCCAAACCUCCACGCACAUCAAAAGCCAACCAGAACCGCAAGAUCAGCUUCAGCACCGACCACGAUGAGAAGAUUCAAAAUUACUGUUUAAGUUUGAAAGACAAGGCUGUCAUGAUCAAUAGGACCAGCUCCAUGGAGAGAAGAGUGACACUCACAGAGGCUGAAGUAGUGCAGCUGAGAAAUAGAUGGCAGGACAAGGUUGGGGACCAGAGUGAAGUAAUGGUGGUGCAGGUGCAGAAGUUCUCUGAGUGCAGCAGCCUGGGUGUGAGUCUGGAGGCACGGGGAGGCCGUCACUACAUCUGCUCCAUGCUGCCCGAGGGGCCUGUGGGGCAGAGCGGUCGCGUCCAGCUGGGGGACGAGCUGCUAGAGGUGAACGGCAUCAGUGUGGUGGGAGAGACUCACAAGGAGGUGGUGAGUCUGCUGAAGGAGCUCCCUCUCCAGGUGUGCCUGGUGUGCUGCCACCCUGUUACGCCCCCAGACCGGACGCAGGAGGAUGAAGACGAACGUGACCUGCAGCUCUCCCUCAAAGAACUCCUCCAUGAGUUCAAUGAAAUGGUUGAGCAGAACUGUCUGAGUGUGACCCCUAAGGACGCACAGGACUCUGGGAAGGUGGAUGGCCUGUCCCCUCUGGCCAUGUGGGAGACUCAGGUGCAGACGUAUGAGCUGCUGAAGGGGGAGGCCGGCUUGGGCUUCAGCAUCCUGGACUAUCAGGACCCAGAAGACCCACUUAAGACAGUGAUUGUGAUUCGCUCGCUGGUUCCUGGUGGAUUGGCAGAAAGAGAUGGUCGGUUGUUACCAGGCGACCGGCUGAUGUUCGUUAAUGACACAGACCUUCGCCAUGCCAGCUUAGACCAUGCUGUUCAGGUCCUAAAGAGCACUGCUUACGGCACUGUACGGAUUGGUGUGGCCAAACCUUUACCAUGUGAUUGUAAUGCGCCGGAAUUGCCAACUGAGACCACCUGCGGGGCCCAAGACACCAAAACAGAGAAUGACAUCAGGCACAGGACUGCCCUAAGCAGCAACAGCGUCGUAGAGAGAGCGCGACAGAGUCCUGCAUCAGAGCUGUCCCCUCAGGAGAAGAAGGUCGGAGGUCAGCUGGGCGGCAUGGAGACGGCGGGCAGACGUUACACCGCCACGUCUCCCGGCAGCAGCUUUCAGAGGACUGUCACCGUUGUCAGGGGCAACACUAGCCUUGGUAUGACAGUGAGUGCUUUAAAGGAUGGUUCAGGCAUAAUAAUCCGCUCAGUGGUGAAUGGGGGCUCCAUCAGUCAGGAUGGGCGCCUGUGUGUUGGUGACGGCAUAGUAGCCAUUAACGGAGAGCCCACCACCAACCUGAGCAAUGCGCAGGCCAGAGCUCUGCUCCGCAGGCACUCUCUCCUCGCCCCUGACAUCAGUGUGACAUAUGUUCCUGCUCCUCUGCUUGAUAAGCACCGUGCUGCUUUUGUCCAAUCAAAACAGGAGGACUCAUCCGCACCACCACUACAGAAGAUGGCCGAGCCUGUGAGAGCACGGACGGCGGAGAAAACGCAAAAGAUUGCACAGAGAAAAGAAAGGGAGGAGGAGGAGAAGGACAGAACGGAUGGAGUGAGAGAGAGGGACAGGCAAAGCAAUAGGGAGCAUGUGCAUGGACAGGGAAAGAUGAGAGCUGAACACAAGGGAAGGGAGGAAGGAGAGAAGAAGGAGGGAAGAGAAGGGAAGAAUGGAGAGAGAGGGUGGAGCAACGGAGAGCAGAGAGAAGGAGGACAAGCGAGGCACUGGAGUAAGCCAAGAAGAGUUAGACUGUUCAGACAGUCUGGGAAGUCGCUGGGCAUCAGUAUUGCUGGCGGGGGGAAGAUGGGUAAUCGUCUUAGCAACGGGGAGAUGAGGCGGGGUGUCUUCAUCAAACACAUUACAGAGGACAGCCCAGCGGGCAGGAACGGCACCCUCAAGACUGGAGACAGAAUCCUGGAGGUGGCAGGAGUAGACGUACGCGAUGCCACUCAUGAAGAGGUGGUGGAAGUGAUCCGCCAAGCAGGAGUCAGUGUGGAGUUUAUACUACAGAGCCCGCAGGAGUCCUCUACAGUCACAGACAGCAGGGAGGCAUCUUCAGAGACACACACUGUCCCUCAUAGUAAGGAACCAGAGACUCAGAGUAGCCUUCCUCUCCAUCUCUCCCCAGCCAACCCCUUUACCCCAACCCCAUUCAAGACGCCGGGAGCUGCAGGGGAGAGGGUGACAGUAAGGCCCCCCCGCGCGGUGCCCCCUCCUCGCAGUCUGAGUCCCAGGCCUGGGGGGUCACACGCAGCACAGGCAGUGGCACUUCCAGACGCACCACAGACUGCCCCAGAGACACCCAAUAUGCCAGCCCAAUUUGGACCAAGCUGUGAUGAGGAGCUGGCUGCCUUGUGGAAGCGUAUGCUGCAGAGGUAUGGGAGUUUGCCGGGGGAGCUGCUGGUGGUUGAGCUGACUCAGGGCAGCCAGGGUCUGGGUGUGCAGCUGGUGGGAAACAAAGAUGGCUCCCGCUCCAACCUGGGCAUCUAUGUGGGCGCCGUCAACCCACACGGAGCCGCUGCUGCAGAUGGACGCAUCCAAGUCGGAGAUGAACUUCUGGAGAUUAAUGGACAGAUUCUAUACGGUCGCAGUCAUCAGAAUGCUAACGCUAUCAUCACCAGUGCUCCAGACAAAGUCAGAAUCAUCCUCAUAAGGAAUAAGGAGACACUGCAACAUAUAGCCCUUGGACCAGAGUGUGAUGCUGGGUCCAUGGUCUCUCCAUCGUCAGUGGACGUGGCUGGGCUGAGAGGUGUCCAGCAGCCUCAGAAAUCCCUCCUCAGUUUCAGCCAAAGCACUGCUCCUGUCACUCACAGACCAGCAGCCAAUCACACGCCUCUCUCCGCCCCCCAUGAAGACUCCUGUUGGCCUCCUCCUCCUCCUUCGUGCUUGGUGUCCGGUGACCCACUGACCUGUCCCAUCAUCCCCGGCUGUGUGACCACCCUCGACCUGUGUAAGGGCCUCACCGGCCUGGGCCUCAGCAUAGUGGGCGGCUGCAACACAGCAUUGGGCGUCAUUCUGAUCCAUGAGGUGAACGAGGGGGGAGCGGCGUACAGGGACGGCAGGCUGUGGGCCGGCGAUCAGAUACUGGAGGUGAAUGGUAUAGACCUGCGGAUGGCCACGCAUGAGGAGGCCCUGAGUGUCCUGCGCCUGAGUCCGCAGCGCGUGCGCCUCUGUGUGUACCGCCAGCAGGGGGCGUGCGUCCACAGACGCGCGCCGGAGGAGCCGGAGGCCUGCAGGGGGCAGCGUGGCUACACGUCGGAGGACAUGUGGGAGCUGUUCACGGUGGAGCUCAGGCCCAGCCCAGCACAUGGCCUGGGCCUCAGCAUCGUGGGGAAAAGGGAUGACACUGGUGUAUUCGUGUCCGAGCUGGUGAGAGGGGGGGUGGCCGAGGCAGAUGGCAGGUUGAUGCUAGGCGACCAGAUCCUAUCGGUCACCGGAGAGGAUGUCCGAGCCGUAACUCAGGACUACGCCACUUCUCUCCUGCAGAACUGCACAAAAUCUGUGGUGUUGGAGGUGGCACGUUUCAAAGCAAUUCAACAACAGCAGGUGGGCUAUCAGAAGGGCUACACAGACACACUCCCUCACCUGCAUGUGGCCAGCUCAGAUCAUGGACACACACAAACAGACAACAACAACAGCCACACUGCAGAUGAACACAAAGAUAAGAGAAGUGUCACUCUUCAGAAGCGGGGGGCGUUAGAAUCCUUGGGCUUCAGUGUAUCUGGAGGGGUAGGGAGUCUCCAUGGCGACAUACACAUUUCCUGGAUGGACCCGGAUGGAUUGGCAGCACAGACACAGCAGCUGAGAGUGGGUGACCGCAUCGUGAGCAUAGAUGGCCGGCCUACGGAGGGGAUGAGUCAUGCUCAGGUCGGGGCUCUGUUGAGAAACGCCAGUGGGGCCAUCAGCCUGCAGGUGGUGUCUGGGGUUGCUGAAAUUAAGAAUGAAAUCACCAAGGAUCAGACCGAUGCAUCAGGGCCUUCAGAGAACUACACAACCCAUAACCACUUAAGUUCUCCUCAGUGUCGCUCCAUCACUUUACACAGAGGAGCCUCAGGUCUGGGCUUCAGUAUUGUGGGUGGAAUGGGCAGUCCCCAUGGUGACCUGCCCAUAUAUGUGAAAACCAUCUUUCCCAAGGGUGCUGCAGUGGAGGAUGGACGUCUGAAGCACGGCGAUCAGAUCCUGGCUGUGAAUGGGCUGAGCCUGGUGGGAGUGACGCAUACAGAAGCUGUGGAGAUCCUGAAGAGGAGCCGAGGCCACGUGGUCCUCACCGUGCUCUCAUAGACGUGUGGCGCCUUCUGAUGAUGUCACACAUACACACCAGUGACAGUGUGAUGCUGUGAUGACAAUCCACAUUUAACUGUGUAACCGCAUUACUGUGUAAUUAACUUCUUGAUAAUGUUUAACAUACACAAACUAAAACUUCUUUCAGGAGAAAGAUAGUUUGGAGUUCUAGCCAUGGGUGAUGUACCAUCCCUUUAGUAAGUGGCUUUAGGAGAUUCAUUUCAUUGUCUUGCUGUAUUUGCAAACACAGACACACCAUGAGACAGAACUGUGAAUCCUGUCCUGCCAAUAUCCCCUUAAUGACUACUUUCAGCCAUGACUAAGCUACCUAAUUGACUGGUUCAUGACUGACAUUCUCUCAUUAUUCCAUUGUACCUGUUGGGCUAUCCAGCCUUCUUCUCAGCGUGUGCCGCGUAUCCCUGGGCACCAAAUUAAGAGAUUUAUUUUGUUAGUCUGUUUCUGGGGACAAAACUCUGAGGCUGAUCCGAAUCUCUUGUUCUGCCACAUUUUCCUGAAUUGAUCAGAUUAUAAUAGAUGUGUUCUUUAGUCAUAUUGUAGUAAUACUGUAGAUACAGCACCCUUCAUUAUCUUCAUGAAUUCAGUUUUAGUUAUGUGACAGUGUACCAUACUAAUCCCAUUAUCACAGGAAUUGUUUGUUUGGUUGGUUGUUUUAUAAAAUGGUCUAUGCGUCUCCUGAUCAGCAGAAUCAUUCAUAUCUUAACUGAAUUAAUUCUAUUUAACCAUAUGCA